AUGGUCGUCGCCAAUCCCAACACCGCUCAGCUGGAACUCGCCGGCAAGGUCGCCCUUGUCACCGGUGGGAGUCGAGGCAUUGGAUCUGGCAUUGCGCUUGAGCUUGCGAAAAAGGGUGCCUCCGUAGCCAUCAACUAUGCCGGUAACACGGCUGCGGCAGACAAGAUGGUCAACGAGAUCAAGGCCCUGGGCGUGCAUGCCGCAGCCUUUCAAGCCAACCUGACGAAAGUCGACGCCAUCGAGAACCUCUUCCGCGAAGUCCUCUCUCACUUCGGCCAAUUGGACAUUGUCGUGUCCAAUUCGGGAACGGAGAAGUUCGUCUCCCUAGCUGACACCACUAUUGACGACUUCAACGACGUCUUCGACCUCAACACCCGCGCCCAAUUCUUCGUCGCCAAGUACGCCUAUGACUACAUCCAGCCCGGCGGACGCGUGGUCCUGAUGUCCUCCAUCGCCGCCGGCGUGGGAGUCCCCGGCCACUCACUUUACGCCGGCAGUAAGAGCGCCAUCGAGGGCUUCACGCGGUGCUUCGCCGCGGAUUUCGGUAAGAAGCGAUGCACCGUCAAUGCGAUUGCGCCAGCUGGUGUGAAGAGCGACAUGUGGCUCAGCAAUUCGUGGCGGUAUGCCCCUGGCUGCACCGAGGACUCCUCGAUUGAGGAGAUUGAGGCGGCGCUCGCUAGUGGCAGCCCCUUGAAGCGAUGCGGUGUCCCGGCGGAUAUCGGGCGCAUUGUGGCAUUCUUGUCUAGUCCUGCUGGAGAAUGGAUCAACGGUCAAAUUCUGCCUUGCAAUGGUGGUGCGAAUAUUUAG